GUGUGUUUGUUUGUUUGUUUGUGUUCGUAUAUGUGUAUGUGUGUGUACGUGUGCGUGUAUGAUCCAAGAUCUCCACGAGAAAAUCAUCCGUUUUCUUUCGCGAACCGUACGUCGAAGUCGCGCGUACUCAACGACAGAGACGAUAGAAAGAGGAAAACAAAUUAAAUAUUUCGCUAAUGAUCUCGAUCGAGAGAUCACAGCGAUGAUCGCGUGUGUUGUACGGUGACGAAGAGAUCGACGCGAUUUUUUAUAUAAAAAAAGAAAGAAAAGGAAAAAGAAAGAAAAUAGGAAAUAUACAGAAGGAGUGUUUUCAAAGAACUCUUUGACUUAAAAGAUAAAAUAUAUAUGUAUAUAUAUAUAUAUUUAUAUAUACAUAUAUACAUAUAUAUAUAUAUAUACACACAUAUGUUGGAAGAAUAUAAUUAAUAAAAAUUAAAUAGCAUUUAUUUAAAAGAAAACAAAAUAACGGAACGAAUUGUUAAGAUAAUUGUGAAAAGAAGAAAGUAAAAGGAGAAAGAAGAAAGUGUGCUGUGCAGACAUGUGGCUGAUAAACGUUCUUUUAAUAUGCUGCAUUAUUGCACACGGUCAAGCGUCGAAGACGUCCGAAAGCAAACAAGAAGAUCCAAAAACAUUGGUACCCAUCGAAGAAUUCAUAACGUCUCAUAAAAUACCAGAUGACUUGGUAAGGCCUACAGACGAUGAAGAAAGUAUCGAGGAGAAGAAAACGAUUUCGAAAGAUACGAAAAAUCUGAAGAAAGUUAAUUUGAAAUUGGAAUAUUCGGAUAAUAAAGGGAUUGAACCGUUAGAUUCUAGGAACGACGAUGAAUUGGAUAAAUUAGAAACGAAGAGGCAAGCUCGCGUCGAACUUGAAAAUUUUAGCAAUACUGGUGUUUUAGAGGAAGAUGGUGUCAAGAAAGUCGAUUCGCAUCGGACGACUGUCAAUCGUCAAAAGGAUUCGAUUCUUCCAGGAGUUUAUGUCAGUAACGAAUACCCAACAACAAUGAUGCCAAUCUUGACAACGUCACGAGAAACUCGUUCGUUCGAUUUCGUCCCGGUUAAUAUUAUUCGUCAGGAUGGCAAGGAUGCUUAUGCUUCAUUCUCCGAUAGACAUUUCGAUGAUUUGAGUGACGUCAGUCUGGUACCAGCUGGUACAAAUUCUCGUAUUCAGGUGAAGAAAGGACCUAAUGGAAAGGAUUACGAAUACGAGUAUGUGUAUUAUUAUUACGACGAGGAAGAUGAAAGUAAAGCUGGUACGUCCGGUACAGAAGUGACGAACAAUUACGACGUAAAUUCUAGAACAACGUCAUCCCCAAGGAGAGUCGGUCAAAGCGGCAACAACAGAAGCAAAUACAAUGCGGUUGAUAGAAGCAGCAGCACGGUCGAACCAGCUAGCAACGAGGUCAUCCCAAAUAGAAAUGGGAACAGAGGAAGGCAACUCGUUGAGACGGACGAUGUCUCUGAAGAAAGAUUACCAGCUAAUACCAGAUUUCCACCGAGAUCACGAUCGAAUCACAAUACAGGCACAACGGAGGCAACUAGAUCGCGUGGAAAUCGUCCAAGGCCUGGUUUAGAUCUCGUUGAUUCCAGUAGCUUUCGAACUCAUCAGGAAGGACCAGAAUUUCCUCAGGUUUUGCCUAAAGGACCGGUAAGAUUUCUCGGUGUGACACCUAACGAAGACACAGGCGUAGAGGAGAAAACGGUGACUACAAGAGGACGUGGAAGACACAGGGUUCAAGAACCUCUAGCUACCGAAGAUGUGUCCGAGAGUCCACCGGCUGUUACACCUUUAUCCAGAAGACGUCCUGUUACUACCAUUCCUCAGGCUGAAUUAGAAUUGAACAAAGAUCAAUCCUCGAAAAUGUCCAGCGAGGAGGAAGAAGCGGACGAAGAAAGUGUCCCGUCUCUCGAAAUUUCCAAAGAGAGAACGUCGAUCGAAGAGAAAGAAGGAUCCGAGGAGACAGAUUUGUCUUCGCCGACGUACACCAGUACGAGUGCUAUUACAACCGAAACUGCUAUGACAACCGAGUAUCCUUCGGCAAUGGACAAAGUGGCUCUGGAUCUUUACGCAUUUUUACAAGGUCAAACCAACUUGGUAGACAUACCUGGAAACGAAACGAACGAAUCGAUCGAUUCCACGACUUCGAUCAUUUCCGAAGACGAUGGCUCAACAGAUUUGAUACCUACGACGACUGAUCUUUCCGGGACGACAGUAAUGACGACCGAUCCUACGAUCGGUACUACAUCUAUCAGUACAACGAGUACAACGACUACAACGACAACGACGACGACGACGACCACUACAACACCAGCUACGACAACGACUACCACCGAACCUACCACGACGACUACAACGACAGAAGCUCCUACUACCACCGUACCAAGUCCAAUUGGCAGAGGCAAAUUCCGUCGACCUGGGGUAGCAGGCGGUGGAGUUGGAAAUAGAAAUAGGUUUAAGUCGAGUAAUGGUAAUCCAACGAGUACAACAGAAGCAUCGUCGGUAGAGCCGACGCAGAGAACGCGAGGUCGUUUCGGAGGAUCUUCGAACGGAGGUGGCUUUAAGAGGCCGAGGCCUGGUCAGAAAACGUCGCAACAACAACCGGUAGAGGAGGAUGCUGUUCAGAAGGAAUCGGUAGGUUCUGUGGCAGCUGAAAAGCCUAGUGGUUCGUCUCGUGGAAGGUUCCGUAGUACGGUUGGUUCUCGAAGUGUCUCAACGACGUCGUCACCCACCACUGGUACCAGUAGUAACAGCAAUAAUGGCGCUUCUUCGGCUGGACCAUCAGGAAUUUCACGUCCUUCUUUCAACAAGCUCAACAUCAAUCGAAAACGUGGAAGACCUACCGCAGCCCCAUCGACCACUAGUCAGUCUGGCGAAGAUAGUCAAGAAGAGAUUGGUCAAAGUCCGACCGCGGAAAGUGCAACUGUCAGUACGUUGUCAUCGUCCCCAUUAAAACCAGCUGUACGUUCGAGACUACCAGGACCUGGAAGUGCCGGAAGUCCGGGUAGAUUACCUAUAGUUAGACCACCAGCUGGAAGAUUGAAUUUAAGACAGAAACCAGGCCAAGCUACUACUCUGGGUACAUCUACGACUAGUACACCAGAGGAAGUAGCCGAAGGAUCUGUGGAAGAGCCAGCUGGAGAAGGGACUGAGGAAGAAACGCACGAGGCGCCUGCCGAGACGAAUCCACCAUUGGCAUCAAAGCCAACGACGGUCAAUCCAUUGAACAAGCUCAGAAAUAGGAAUCGACUUCAGAUACAUCCAAAAGCAACGACUAAGGGGCCAUCGCCGGUUGCUGCUUCCAGACGUUCACCUUUGUUACCACGUCGAAAACCAACCGUGACGGAAGCACCGCCAGCUAUUCAACAGAACAAUAGUCAAGAAGAAACUUCCGAAGAGGAGAAUGGAUCAGCUGGUGCGGUCUCUGCCGAUAACGAACAAGCGACGGAAUCUUCGAGUUCGGCUGAAUCCAGCACGGCUGCUAGCACGAAACACGAAGAAACUAGAGGUUUCGGUGGUUUGCUUGCACCGAGACGUAGGAUAGCACCAAGACGUCCAGGUCAAAUAGUCUCUCGAGAAUAGAUAACCCAGACAAUCGAUGAUAACGACGACGAUGACGACGACGACGAUGAUGAUGAUGAUGAUGAUGAUGAUGAUAAUGAUGAUGAUGAUGACAACAGCAACGACGCUAUAUCUUAUGUCGCGCUGUUAACAAGACGACGAUCCAAGUAGCGAAAAAUAUGAUCGAGAAAAAUCACCGAUUAAUUUUUUUUUUUUUAUGGAUAUACGUAUUAUACAUACGUAUUAUCGAUAUAUUAUCUAUUAAUUAUCCCAUAAUAAUCAUCGAGUUCUCGCGUUCGAUCUCAAUAUAUAUCUUAAAUUUUUUAUCUUUCCUUUUUUUUUCAAAUAAUUAUUUAGAUCAAUCGCUACUUGGACGGAAACACCAAGAUGGUAGCUACAUUGUUAUUUCUUUUUCUUUUUUUUUUUUUCAUUUUUUUUCUUUCGAACCUUCACGAAACCCCUCUAACAUAAGUUUCGUAUCAAGUCAUUUAAAAUAAUAUAAUCGACGUUAUCGGCGUGCGACGAGGUUAAGCCAUUUUAUAAUUUAUCUGAUUAUAUAUAGCUGAGAGAUGAAAAUCAUUCGUAAGAUAAACGUUUCGUUCGUUUCCUUUCGUGCAAUUCGUUUAAUGCAAUAUCUCUAACCAUCUUCGCGCUCUUUUUCUAUGGAGAUAGAAUAGAGCAUUCGGUAACCUUUAUAGGUUCUUCGACAUUCGCUGCACCUUUUUGUUCAACUCGAUAGAGGAAUUCAAUCGAUCGUGGGCGCCUAUUUGUAAAACUAUUUAUCCGUUCCUUACUGUCGUAUCUUCAACGUGUGCAAACACAAACACAUGUACAUGCAUACACACAAACGCGCGCAGACGUAUCACGUACACGCGCACACACAGAGAUAGAAAUAUAUCGUGCUUAUUUGAAUAUAUCAAAGUUUUAGUUAAGAGGUCGAACGAGAUGGAACACAGCAAAGAUGACCUUUACAAUUUUUUUUUCUUUUAUAUAUAUAUAUAUAUAUGUUUUACGUUUAGUCGAUACGGGAGAAUCUCCUAAAUCAUUUUUUUUUUUGGGUUCCUUUUUCAUUAAAAAUGACCUCAUCGUUACGUAUAAUCGACAUCACGAAUCAAAAAACGUGUCGCAUUAAUAAUAACGCACACACAAAAAAAGACACACGUAACAUACACUCGUAAGAUAUCAACGAUAAAAACAAGCUCUUUACUAUUCCAUUCUACGCGUAUUAUUAAUACGUAUAAAAUAUUUUAAUAAUCAACGCUCGUACGGUCAUGCUGUAAUUCGCGUUAUAAAUGAUUAACGAGAGAGCGUGUAACAUUGACGCGCAUAGCAAAUGAAGAAAAAAAAAAAAAGAAAUUAAAAUAUGCGCGUGCAGCCAUCCACCCCGGCCCACAUCAGCAAUACGAUACUUUUGUAAGCCAUGUUCCAUGAGAAUACUCUGUAAAUAUUGCUAUUAAAUCUAUGUAAACUAUUA